CCACGGCGCGCUGGUUCGAGGGCAGCAGGGUGAAGAUGACUGCCAUGGGGAUUGCGGGAUGUGGGGGCGCGACGGGCGGUAUGCUGUUCCCCGUUAUCGCAAGGUAUACGGUUAACUCGCUGGGCAUUUCGUGGACGCUGUGGAUCAUGUGCGGCGUUGUGCUCGUCAACUCGCUGCUCAUCCAGGCGUUUGCGCAGAGCAAGACGGAGCGCGGACGCCCUGCGAGCCAGAGGCAGGGCUUCGUCGAGUGGCGUGCGUUCCUGGAGCCGAGCUACGCCUUGUACGUAGCGGCCAUGUUCUUUGUGUUCGCCGGGCUGUGGAUCCCGUACUUCUACGUCCGCGAAUUCACUGUUCACGCGUUGCACGGAGAGAACUCGUCGUCGUUCAUCGUACUGCUGAUCCUCAACGCUUCGGGGAUUCCAGGCCGUAUCAUUCCUGCCCUGCUCUCCGACUACGUUUUCGGCACUAUCAACACGUACAUCCUCAUCCUUCUCCUGGGCAGUUUCACGCUGCUCUCCUGGCCGUACGUAACAUCCAUCCGUAGCAUGAUUCCGUGGGCAGUUAGCUAUGGGUUCUGCGCCGGCGGUAUCUCCUCGCUGCUGCAAGCUGGUAUUGCGUCGCUGAACGACGAGCCGCACAAGACAGGCAUCAAGAUCGGCAUGGCGUUUACGGUUGUUGCUGUGUCGAGUUUGUUGGGAGGUCCGAUCGGUGGCGAAUUGAUCAAGAUGGGCGAGAGUAGGUUGGGUGAUGGUACAGCUGCGUAUUUCUGGCUGCAAGUGUUCACUGGAUCGAUCAUGUUGCUUGGUUGUGUGAUUCUUGUUGUUGCUAGGUGUGCAAAGACGAGAGGGAGGUUCAAGCAGAAGGUGUAAGAUGGUAUUCACCCGUCAGAGGGUGGUUGGUCGAACCACAUUGUAAGUAUGGCAACGGAAAAUC